AUGUCCAUACUGUCAACGGGCCGGUCUCGUUCGUCAUCUCCAGACCCAAAGCAACGACAGCCCGACAACUCCAUCAGCUGCCUCCGCAAACGCCUUCAUCGUUACCUCUGCAUCAAACCUCACGGCGUCCACGACAAUGCCACGACCGCCGCCAAUAUCCCUGAUGAUUACACUGCUGAUGUCACGUUCCCGUCGACCACCACUACCUCCAUUAUUCCUGAAACAACCCAAGUAACAACGACUACAACCCCUCUAACUCCAAAUACCAGCGGGACCGCUGCCAACGCCUCGGCAACCACCACCCUCACCACCAAAAAUGCGCCCUCGAUCCCAACCUGUCUUCAUUACGAUCGCACCUUCACAUCACGCAUCGACUUGGCCGGUAACUUACGAAUCCAUCUCACAGAGACUGGUGAAGCCAUACCAGGAGCACCAACACACACCCGUCACCAUCGCCUCAGCUAUUCGGACUGGUGGCGCAUAUGCGAACACCGCAUGGGCCUACCCAGCCACAUGCGCCACAUGUAA